AGGUGAUCCCGAGGUGGGCGGGCCGCCGGAGCUCGCUCUCGCGAGACUUCGCUGCGGGGGCGCGGGCCUGCGAGGAGGACGCGGCGGGCGGCGCUUCCUCGGCCGCUCGGCUUCCACUCCGCGGAGCCCGUCGAGUCCUGGUCUAGCCACUUCCGCCCCUCCGCCGGCCGCUGGAAGGAGCGAAGCCAAAGAAGUCGCGGCCGCCCCGCCGCCGGCGCGCGUCCUCCGCCCUCCCCCUCGCCUUUUCUCUGAUCCAAGUCCGCCGUCCCUUCGCUCUGCCGAGCCCGCAGCCCACGCCGCGGCCGACAUGAGCUUCUUGUUUGGUAGUCGCUCUUCUAAAACUUUUAAACCAAAGAAGAACAUCCCAGAGGGGUCUCACCAGUAUGAACUCUUAAAACACGCAGAAGCCACACUGGGCAGUGGCAACCUGCGGAUGGCUGUCAUGCUUCCUGAGGGAGAGGACCUGAAUGAGUGGGUUGCAGUUAACACUGUGGAUUUUUUCAAUCAAAUCAAUAUGCUUUAUGGAACCAUCACAGACUUCUGUACAGAGGAGAGCUGUCCGGUGAUGUCAGCUGGACCAAAAUAUGAAUAUCACUGGGCAGACGGAACAAACAUAAAAAAGCCCAUUAAGUGUUCUGCACCAAAGUAUAUUGAUUACCUGAUGACGUGGGUUCAGGACCAGCUGGAUGAUGAGACAUUAUUUCCAUCAAAAAUUGGUGUUCCAUUCCCGAAGAAUUUCAUGUCAGUGGCAAAAACAAUACUCAAACGACUCUUCAGAGUUUAUGCUCAUAUUUAUCACCAACAUUUUGACCCCGUGAUCCAGCUUCAGGAGGAAGCACAUCUCAAUACAUCUUUCAAGCACUUUAUUUUUUUCGUUCAGGAGUUCAACCUUAUUGACAGACGAGAGUUGGCACCACUGCAAGAGCUGAUUGAAAAACUCACCUCAAAGGACAGAUAAAAGGAUACAAAGCUCUUCGUCAGAUGGAGCUGUGUACAGUAUAGUUGGCUUUGUUAUAUUUCAUUUUUAUCUAGAUUGUUUCUGUUUUAGGUUUUGGGGCUUGCUUGGGUUCCCUUUCUCUUCUGAAUAUAUAAAAUCAUAGCCUGUUGCUAGAGGAAGCCGAGACCCAUUCUCUACAUUAGAAAAGGGCAAAUUUUGUCAUAGUGGUAUACAGUAUUUUUUCUUUUCUAUUUCAUUUUUAUUAACCUGGUUUUGGUUACUUGAGGAAUUUAUAUGAUAAUUGUAUGCUGGAAACAUGCAAACUGACUGAAGUGCUGAUGGACUGGGUACUUUGUCGUCGUAAACUGUGGCCCACUUUGGAGUCCCUAAAAAAGACUUACGUGUUUUUAAGUGCCUUGAUAGGCUCGCUUCUGAGGUGCAAAGCACAGAAAUAGGACUGAACAGAGCUUGAGACAAUAUUAGAGUUUCUAUUUAAGGCACUUAGUGUGCAUGUUAUAAAGUAAUCUGUUAUAAAAGCCAUAGUUUACUCAAAGUGAUGAGCUCCAGCUUUUACUAUGUUGAAAAACACAUAAUUUGUAAAGUUGUGCAUGUAGAACAUAAAUAUAAAACAACAAAUUAUUUCUUAAUUAUUUUUGACACAAUUUGUAAAGGUGUGCAUGUAGAACAUAAAUGUAAAACAACAAAAUUCUUAAUUAUUUUUGAUAUUGACUAAUAUAUUCUGCUCAACAGCUGUUUAAAGUUCUACAAGCAGGUCUUUUCCAUCUCUUAAUAUCUGUGAUAUUGAAAUUUGAGGAUGUUGAAAUGUAAUAGAUACUGCAUUUCAGCUUCUUUCUACAUGUAAGUGCACUGUAAGUGUAAAACUUCAGGUUAUAUAUAGAAUUGCCAUCUUCAGAAAGGAUGUUGAACUGUGAGGUUUCCUAGCAAUUGCCAAACGAGCCGUAAGUGCAGAAUCCCUUUGUACUUCAAAGAGGAAAGGAAAAGUGAGACCUGCCACGGCAGGCUUUAGUUUGGGAAAUUAUAGAGAGGAUUAGUGUGGAGUCAGAUUCUAGAAAGUCCUGUUUUAAAACCCUGGGAUAGAAUGGUGUCUAUUACUUAAAGUCUGGGAGGCUUCCUUUUAGAGAUCAGCUUCCGUGAGAAGUUAAACAUAAGUAAUUAGUUUUAGGUACAGACAUUAAACAUGGAAUUAACAAUUAUUGGGGGAAAUUAAUCACCUUAGCAUUUCCAUUCAGUGAAUGGAGCUGGUAUUUGCCUGUCAUUUUAAAUGAUACACUACCUUGAUUAUUGGUGCAGUUUGAAGCAUCCUGACUCCUUAUUUUUCCACUGUGAGAAAUCAUUUUUUCUUUGUAGUGAUAUCAAGUAAUGAAAAUGUUAGCUCAGUAGUUAAUAACUUUGAAAUAUUAGUUGAGAUGACAUUCUGUUAAAUUAUCUUCAUGAAUUACAGGUUCAGGAAUUUGGUUUUUGAAUAAAUACUGAGGUUCUCUCCCUUUCAGUUUUGUUCUUGAGAAAUACUCUUUUCAGACUCUGAAAAUUAAUUUUUUAAUUAAUUUUGUCAGUUUGGAUAAAUCCACUCCCCUCAAUUUUCUCUUUCUAGUUAGAGACACUUACAAACACUUAGUGGAAAAGAGUCUAAAAUGAAAUGAGCAAGUGGACAAUGAUACAGUUGGAUGCCCUUACAAUCAUGAUCACUAGGAACUGCCUUUUUCUCCAUUUGAUUUCUAUAAUGGCAAUUACUUACCAAGUAACAAUAAUAAAAGGAACAAAAGAGCUUGGAAAAGGUAGAUAAUACUGGGCAUUUAUUAGUAAUGCUUAUUUAUCAACUGACAGCUAGCUGAUUUCUUUAAAAUACUUUUUCUUAGUAUCUAAAUAGGUAAUAUCAACCAAUAUGGGUUGGUUCAGAAUUCCGAUGUUUGAUUCCUCUCUAUACAGGAAACGAAGCACAUAACUACUAACUAGUCUUCCGUAGUAUAGGACUUUAUAUCACUCCUGCAACAGGGGUCUUUUAUAGCAGCAGCAUGUAGGGAGAGGAAUAAGAGGUUGCUUCGGGUCCUUUAAGCCUUACAUAUAUUACACUGUCAGAAUGAAAACCAGUCCUAGAAACUAGUGCUUGACAAUAGGACUUACCACUCUGCAUGGAUAGCAGUUUAUGUUCACUUUGCCAGAAUCUCAGGUGCUAUAUUUUCAAGUCAGCACUCAAGCUUUGGGAAAUAAGGAAAGGUGGUGUGUGUGUGUGUGUGUGUCUAUAUUGGUGAGAAAGAGUAGACAUUCUUCUGGGACAAGGCCUGGCAAUUGUACACGGAAUUGGGUGGCUAUAAUAACUAAAGAAACACCAGGAUACAAGAGAAGGUCAGUUUAAUAAAAAUUUGGUUAGAGAGUAAAAUGCACCCCCCCCCCCUUUUUUCUCUGUGUAGCUCUGGCUGUUCUGGAACGAAACUGGCCUUGAACUCAUAGGGAUCUGCUUGCUUCUGCCUCCGAGUGUUGGGAUUACAGGCAUGCUCCACUACUUUGCUGCAAAAUGCUGUUUUAUAAAGUAAGGAUCAAAGCUUGAUUUUGCAGGACAGCUUGCUUAUAAAUGUGUCUUAGUUUCUUUUCAGAACUGUUAAUUUAUAAAUAAAUAAUUAUCCCCUUUUAAUUCUUUCCUUAUUUUUUGAGACUGGGUUUUUUUAUUUUUAUAGCUCUGGCUUAUAGAUCAGAUCUCAAACUGUAAGAGAUCUGCUUGCCUUUGUACCCCAAAUGCUGGCAUAAAAGGUAAGCACUACCAUAACUGGCUGCAAUUGUAAAAGUGCAAGCUGGUUUUCCUUAUUCUUUCUUAAGCUCAUCCCAUACAAUUGAAUGUAGUAAAUUAUCAUUACAGUUGUUAUUCACAUUACUUUGGUUAAAUGUAGACACGAUGAAGCAAGGUUUAGGAAUUACUUAGUUGUCAGAGUGGUGGUGGUGAAGAGAAACUGAUCAAGUGAAUUGUUUGUCAUUAGCAGUAGUUAGUGCACCUGGCCUUGUUCGUUUGCUGGCCUGGUUCUUCCACGGCCCAUAGAAGCCAUGCUAUUAGACUGCCCCCGACAGAAAGCACGUGUGCUGUGACUGCUGUGGAGCUCUGUCUACCUUAAAAUGAAAGAAUUCUAGAUCGUUGCCUCUUCUUAACUCUGUUUUGCUCAUCCCUGUAAACUCUAAAUGGUCAACAUAAAGUUAGCGGAGUAUUUUUUAAUAUGUAUUUCAGUUACUACUACCUGGAAUAUCAGGCUAGAUGAAGCACUACAAUCUCUUGUCAGAAAAUGGGAAUAUGGAUAGUUAUAUUUUACAUAUUUCGUCACUAGAUUCCACUUUAUGUAAUGAACAAUUUCCAUGCUUAUGGGGAAAGAAGCAAAACAACAUAUUUCUUUUAUAGCUUUGCCUACAUCCUCUCUGAGAGAGAUUGUGAUAACCACUGAAAUGGUAGAUUAUGUAAGAUGUAAAUACUAAGUUAUCACACUGCCUUUUAAGAUGAGCAUGAUGUACCACACACCCAAAGGAGAGUUGACCUUCAAAGCAGCUCUCUUUGGAACAUAGUUUAUUUCGGCUCUGUUACAAAGUAUAUUUCUGGACCUUUGUCCUAGGUCAUAGGUGCUUUGAGAAUUGACUUAAGACUAUGUAAGAAAAGUCAGUUUCAUCUUUUUAGUAGUACAAAAACAAUUUUUGAAGCUUUGUAGAACCUACAUUAACUACCAAACCAUGCCCACUAACUUGGCUAUUUCCCGAGAACCAAGCCAGUAUGGAAAACAAGGGUAUAUUUUAGGCUCUAAAUCUGCUGAGACGAGGGCUACGGAUACUGACUGCAUCACAGGAAUAUAUGUUCUGGAUGUUACUAUUGGAAGCCAGAACCAUUAUUUACAUAUGAAAGCUUUUUUUAUUUCUCUGUAUUUGUAUAGAAUUUUAAAACCAAGGUCUUUCUCUAGAACUUGCUUUCUAUUUUUUCUCUUCCCCCUUUGCCCCCUAAAACUUUUGAAUUGUGCUUGGAUAGUUUUGAUUGAGAGGAUAGUAUGGAAAAUGGAUCCAGUACUUAGAACAGCAGUUUAAAGAAACAAAACCUUUAUUUACCUCCAUUGUUUUUUUUAUUUUGUUUUGAACAGGUUUUUCUUUCAAUUUGUCUUUAAUGAAAGACUGGAGAUUGAUGUACAGGAAAAUUGGAAACAAUUUUAUUAUUAUGCCAAAUUUUAGCCUACUUAUCAUUAAUACUAUUAAAAAUUAUGUAAGUAUUCAGCAUAUGUCAUUAAAAACUGAUUGUCUUUUGAAAAUACACUGGAUCAAAAGUUCAUUUGUAAUUUGGAAUGUGAUUGCAUCCUAGGAAAGCAUCUAACUUUGGAGCUUACUUGAUACAUUAAAGGACUUAGCAGUUACAAAUUCAGCUCAGUCUUUAAGCAUCAACCCUAAUGUACCUUACACAUUAUUAUUUUGUGGUACUGUAGAGAUAGAUGUCCAUAGGAGCUGCUGUUACCAGUGCAAUUGUAUGUGAGGUGAUAAAUGAUUAAAGGUCUGUUUCAAGAUUUACUAGGAAAGUUCAGUGCUAACAAAUAUGCAAAGAAUUCUGAAUGCAAAUGGUUUGACUUUUUAAGGCUUCCCUAAGUAGUUAUUCUAUGAGAAUUCAUUUCUAUCACUAAUAGUUGGAUUUAUUUGUAUUCUGACAAAAGAGAAAAAAGUACAAAAUAAAAUAUCAGGCCACCUUCUAUGUGUGGUACAAGCUGCUGCUCCUUCCCCC